AUGGAGGAAAAGGCAGCUGCUUCAACCUCAAGAAACCCCGAUCCCAAUCAGGUCAAUGAAGCGCCUCCUCUGGCCCAGGAGGCGCUGCCACAAAACGCACCAUCGGUGCUUGAGCUACGCCACCAACUGGAUCACUUCACUUCCUCCUUAAAUCGCAUCUCUAUGCGAAGUGAUUAUUUGCUAAGACUAUAUGAACGACUGAGGGUUAACGAAUCCACCCCCCGAAAGACUCCUGAAAAUAGUAGAGGGGAUGCGCAUAAUUUCUGCCUUACAAGGGCAGGAAAGUCCAAGUUCCGGAAAAAAGGCGGGCGACGCCUUAGUAAACUUCAUGCGGGAAUGGGAUCAGCAGCAAGGUUAGCGGUAUUCCGGCGAAAUGCUAUUGAUUUUAGGAGGACUAUAAUGAGGAGGACGACUGACCCACUCACGAUCUACUAA